AUGGCACUCCCAAAUUUUGAUGCUCUAAGAGACUUGCACGACUCGGCCAACAACAUGCUUCAUUCACCAGUGAUCAAACAAGAAAUCGCGCAUCAAGGACAGGAGAAAUGGGCUCACGAAGUUUCAGAAACCUCGUUAAGGAUGUUGGACGUUUGUGGGACCACUAAAGACGUCCUUUUGCUUGUCAAGGAUCAUGUUCAUGACCUCAAGUCAACGUUCAGAAGAAUCAGCGUUGGGGAAAAUGCAACAACAGAGAACAAAUUCACGCCUUUUCAAUGUCAUAGAAAGAAGUUGAAGAAAGAGAUGUUAAAGCGCUUGCAUUCCUUAAAAGGGAUGAAAAAUAACACCAAGUGCAUCGACUCGUCGUCAUCGAUAGAUGAUAAAAAUAAUCUUAUGGUGGUUGUGAAUGUACUAAGAGAAGUUAGAGUGGCAACAAUGUCAAUUUUGGAAUCUUUAAUGGCACUUAUGUCAAUGCCAAGUCCAAAUACGACUAGAAAAACAAGUAAAGGGUAUUUCGGUUCAAAGCUGUUGAGAGUAAACAGUUUAAGUUCGUGGGAAAAAUGCGAUGCGAUGACGUUGCAAUGUGCUAAUAAAAGAUUGGAAGCUGUGGAAUUAGCCAUUGAAGAUCUUGAAGGAGAGCUUGAAUGUAUUAUUCGAAGAUUGAUUCGAACAAGAGUUUCACUUUUAAAUUUACUUACUUACUAG